GGAGACCCUAAGAAUGACUCUUGGAUCUUUGCCCUGGCUGUGCUUCUGAGCAGCACCUUAGUCUACAACAGCAUGGGAACCAUCAACCAACAGGCCCUGGAGCAACUGCAUUAUGUCACAGAACUCACUGAGCUGAUCAGGACAAAGUCUUCCCCAAGUACUGAUGGAAUAAAGAAUUCCACAGAGUUUGUGAGUUUCUUCCCAGACUUCAUCUGGGCUGUUCGGGAUUUCAUGCUGGAGCUGAAGAUAGAUGGAGAGAGCGUCACGGAGGACGAGUACCUGGAGAAUGCACUGAAGCUGAUCCCAGGUGACAAUCCCAGAAUCCAAGCAUCCAAUCUGUCCAGGGAGUGCAUCAGACGUUUCUUCCCUAAACGGAAAUGUUUUGUCUUUGACCAACCAACAUGUGACAAAGCACUCUUACGCAAGCUUGAUACUAUCUCAGAAGAACAACUGGAUCCUAUGUUCCUGGAACAAACGAGAGCUUUUGUUUCUUACAUCUUCACCCAUGGAAAGAUCAAGACACUCAGAGAGGGAAUUAAGGUCACUGGGAAUC